CAUCACGAGUGUGGUUGUGCCCCUCCUCCUGCAGCUGAUGAGCGAAGGAGAAAGAGGAGAGAGGAGAAGACCUGUCGGACAUCCGUGAGGAGACUCCAUACAUAACAAGUGUAACUCAUGGGUAGCUGUAAUCAGGCGGGUUUGAUUUUCGGAUCUGUUAAGGACCAGUAAAGAAAAAAAGAAAUAUUUAAUAUCAAAGCGGUAUUCAGCCGUAAAUCUUAACUGGAAUAACCGAUGUUAACGGUUUACGUCCCUGUCAGAUCAUUUAAGGUGCAGUCUGGAAAGUCUGCUGCCUAGACUAUCAGUGGUUCAGAAAGGGCUAUGGCCCCAGCCCUGACCAAAAUCUUGAAAGAUGGCCAUGGGAUCCACCUGUCCUCACCUCCAGCCUCUGUCAGAAUGGACUCAGAUAGUAGAGUAAUGCGAAGCACCGAGCUGGACUCUCAGAUGACAUCGACAGGGGAUGGUGACCUACAGAAGAUGUGGCUGAACCUCUCCUCUCUUACCCCUCUGGACUCCUGCCUCCCCGCAAGCCCUCUGGACGUCCCUGCCAACCCAGUGCUUUCCCCAUUUCUGCAGACAUCUGCCAGCCAGUGUGAGAUGGUGCUCCUCCCCAGUCCAGGCUCCCUCUUCAGCCUCCUGUCCCUCAAUAAAGGCCUGAGAGAUUCUCAUCAGGUGGCCUCCGUCUUCCCAGGUGUACCAGACAUGUUUUUAGUCCCUGUCCCUGAGCACAAUAGCCAAGAGGCUUGUCUGUUGCAUGGACACAGUGCUGCUCCUGAAUGUGGGCCAGAUGGCGUUGAUGUGCAUCACUCCUCUCUUACCCUUGCCAGCGUUUCUCCUUCAUAUACCCAUGGGGAGCUAAAAUCCGAAGGCUACACUCCCUGCUUUGCACCCCCACUUACAUUGACACAAAGGGACAUGGCUGGAAUAAGCUGUCCUCUUCCAGCUUCAGUAGUGCGGCCUUGUGGUGGCAGGUUGAACUCUGAGCAGCCGGUAUUGCGAGAGGUGCUGGAGGAGCAGCUCUCCAGGCAGGCAGGACUGCACAGCAGAGCUUGGAGGCUGCAGAAGAGAUUGCAAGCCCUCCUUGGAGAGCACGCUUUGCUACACUGCAACCAGCAGCUGGAGGGGCUGAACAGGCAUUGUCAAAGUGGAGGUGUGUCUCUUGACAGCCCGGACUCCUUACAUCCUGGUGUGUUACCUCCACAAGUGGGCAAUAAACCCCAUCUGUCUUGGCUAGAGUCGUCCACAGCCUCGUCCUCCUUCACAGAGCUCAGAGAGUUCAGCCUUUCCAGCCAGGCGGUGCUAAGAGGCCUGCAGGAGGCCUUCGACUCUGAGGCCACAGGCAGCAGCAGCUCAGAUGAAGAGCAAGCGGAGGAAAGAGAAACAAAAACUUCACCUGUCAACAGCAGCUGUGAGAGAAAGUGGCUAGCAGAGAGAGCGGAGCUGGGCAGCAGAUGGAGCUGGUUGCAGCUUCGUCUGGCUGAGCUAGAGGGGAGGAUACAGCAAUUGGUGGAGCUCCACAAGCGCAUCCGCUCUUCCAAGGGCGGUGUGGUGCUUGCAGAGUCCCAGCCACUGACAGACAGGCAGAUUCAGCAGGCCCUGCUGAGGGAAAUGGCUGGGUUAUCCUGCACAGCCCCGGAUGCUGACACCGAACCCUGCAGCCCCACACGCCUUCUGCAUAACAUAGAGAGACAGAGUGCUCAGCUCAGCCAGAUCGUCAACAGCCUGAUGCCUCCUCUCAAUUUUUCACCGCCAUCGAAACAAGCACAGACCUGGAAAGGCAAGAGAGCCUUCACGAGUGGUCAGAGAGGAGACAAGGUUUUUAUGCCGAGGAGAUUGGGUUCCAGGAGGCAACAACGUUUCAAAGCUGAUUCGUCAUGCGUGUGCGCUCGGACCCGACCCCUGGUUACCUACCACAAGCCCAAACUCUUCACUUUCAACACCUACACCCCUACCAGUCCACAGGUAGGCUACAUGCAGUCUCUUUACUGUGACAACACACAUGCACUAAUUUUCUUUCUCUCUUGUUCCCUCUUCCUUGUGCUUCAGGACUUGAGGAAAUCUACUUCUACCUUCUCUUCUUUCUCAUCAUCUUCCUGUUCUUGUUGUUCCUCUUGUGAUCCUGUGGUCCUGUGCUCUGAUCCUGACUGCAGCUCCAACAGGGCCCUGCCCUCCAGGAAUCCCAGCUCCAGACCUCACUCUGUGUUCACCCUUUCAUUUGACAAUCCUCUUUCCCACCACUUACACAGAGCCCUGGCUAGAGAAGAAUGGUCCCAAAAGCCUUUGAUUAUCAAUGCCCAGCCAUCCAGUCCAGCACACUACAACAGACGCAGCUCCACACCACUGCACAACAGUCACAAACACAAGCAGCAUGCAAGGCAUCAUAGAAGCAGAGUUAUGGGUCUGUCACCUAUCAGAUUGGCAGGCUCUGCUCAGAGUCAACACAGGAGAACCAAUAAGAGGAAAAGAAAGCGAAGACACAUCCACGGGCUGAUAGAAGAUGAGGCAGAUGUACUGUACCAGCUCUGUGACCCAGACGAAAGUUCAGAUGAAGUCCUAGAGGAGAGCUACAUACAGGUUUCACGCAAGCAAGCCUCACAGGGCUUUGUGCGCAAACGUCAGGGAGAGAGUGUGUACAAUAUCAACAACAUUGUCAUCCCCAUGUCAACGGCUAAGGUGGAGAAGCUGCAGUACAAAGACAUCCUCACACCUAGUUGGCGGGUAGUUGACACCCAGUCUCUGAUAAAGAAGGAGGCAGAGAAGGAAGGCGACAAUGAGGAGGGGCAGGUGGAGGUCCUCAAUGAUGAAGUCUUUGCCCAGAGACACCUGGCAUUAGAGCAGAGAGAGAAAUUGUGCUGGUCAUCUUGGGGAAAGAGAAAAUGCUGCAGGCGUCCUACAAGAUCUGGCAGCAGGUUGUCAGGCAGUGGGGGUGGGAUGUGCACAUCAGGAGAGGAAAGCUCUGUGGAGUGGAGUUGUGCUCAGCUGGAUACUGAUGAACUGCCAAGCUUAGAGGAGUGGCUGCCUCAGACACCCUGGGGGCCACGAAUGUUUCCUUUGGAUGACGAGGAAGAAGCCCUGCUCUCUGAUAACCUGGUGCUACACUGCCCUCUAGUGGUGAAAACAGACCCAGUACACCCAUCGGCCGCUGAAUCUCCUCACAUUUGGGGCCCUGAGGAAGAAAUGUGCCCUGGGAACCUUAAUUGGGAUGCUUAGUACAUUCCAUGAGUAUAGUGAUUUGAUGUUAUUGUAUAUUAUAUAGUAGUAUUUAUAUUGUGAGCAUUGUAACCUAGUAAGAAAUGGUUUUAACUCACUACUUUAGCUCCCGCUACACUUUCAGGUUUUAAUAUACAAGAGGUUCUGUAUGUGAAGAAGAAAUAUAAGGAAAGGUAUAUGUACCAGCACAACUCCAUGGUAGCCUCAGGUUUAUAUACUGUUUGUAGUUGUCACAUGCUAUUUAUUUUCACAGUUGUCUUAUAAAGUCUGUAUAGAAAGACUUCAGAACACACACACAUCUUUGUGUGAUGUUUACUUGAUUUACAUGUGCUUUGUGAUUUCAUGUUUUUUGUUUGUUAGUUUGUUUGUUUUGUAUGUUGAUGCUGUCAUUUUGGUAUA